AUGAUUCCAAAACGUGAACCUUACAAGACAAUUUUGAAGAUUUCUACAAUUUUUGGUUUAUGGAACGACAUUUCAAAAUGGCAUAAGAGAAUUUCAAUAUUUUUGAUCUUAAUAUGUUCAGUUGGAUAUACUGCAAUUGUUACUCUUUCUGCUCUUCAAGUAAAGGAACUUGAUGAUGUUAUUGAGAUUAUAAAAGUUGCUCCACUGCUCUUAACCGUUAAUUUUUCGUUGCUCACGUUCCUCUUUAAGAAACCAAAAAUUCGAGAAUUAUUAGAACUGAUUGAAAACAUCGAGGAACUAAGACCAGACUCAAAAAAUUAUUUUGAUGAAGCUUUUAAAGUUGUUAAGCGUUUAUUUUUGUGUGAAGUCGUGUUCAUCGGACUACUCGCGGUUCCGUUCAUUUCUAUCCCUCUAAUUUUAAAGAAGCUUAUAUUUCCUCUUUACAUUCCUGAAAGUGUUAAGGAUCAUCAGAUAACUUUUAUUAUUGCUUGGAUAUUUGAAAGCUUCAGUGGAUUGUACUGUGGAGUUUUAUACCUUUUGAUCUACGAGUUCCAAUUAAGUAUCUUUAUCGUUCUGAACUGCUACAUGAAGUUUUUUAGAGACAAAUUAAAACGAUUGCGAGCAUCAAAAGAAAAUUCCAUUGAAGCAAAGAAUCAACUUGUAGAUUGCGUCAAGAUUCAUCGAGAAAUGAAUAAGUUUAUGGACAUCUUCACGGAAAUAUUCUCGCUUCCAAUUAUUGGUCUGCUAUUCUUUGCUGCACUAUCUGUCUGUGCGAAUACCUUUACUAUUUUGACACUGAAGCCCAAUUCAGGAUUGAAAUUAGAUCUUUUUCUAAUUGUCUACGAGAUAUUCAUCUUUGGAAUGAUAUUCAUCCCUUGCUUUCAUGCGAAUACUAUAAAGUAUCAGAGUGACAAAUUCUUGUAUGACUUGUUCUCAAGUGAUUGGAUUGAUUCUCUUCCUGAACAUCAGAAAUUCAUGAUUAUUUUUUCGGAAAAUCUGAAAAGGAAGAUUAUCUUUCAGACUUUAACGUUUAUUGAAAUAGAUUUGCAACUAUUUAUGGAUGUAAGAUGCUUAGCUUUUGAGUUUCAUACAAAUUUUAAAUAUUUUUUUUUCAAUUCAAAGCUUAUUCAAUUCGUCUACUCGAUGUAUGCUGUUUUUAAGAGCAUAAUCUAA